GCCAGAAUGAUAAAAUGGCGGCUGAACGUAGCUUUAUAUGUAAGAUACGUCAUUUGAGGCUAUGGGAAAGAGUAGGGUAAAGUCUGAAAGGUUAUUCACCUUGGAAAAUCCGCCAAGAGCGCCUAACCACAAAUAUUUAGUGCUUUUUCUCUCAGUAUAUUUAGAUCUGUUUUGAUAAGGUAGCCUGCCUAGCGGCUCAAGGGAGGGGAAUGAACACAAAACCUAAUCACUAUAUAUGGGAGGUCAUUAUGACAAUGCUUGACAUGGUUGUAUAUCGCUCUGUGAUUUCAAGAGACAAGACUUCCGCUAAUUACAACUGCCGGCUUGAUGGGACAUAGUCAAGCGGCGGGUUAACUAGUUGACGAGUUGGCGAUGUAAACCGGUGUGCUGCUAACAGCGGGUAUGAUCUCGACAGCUCUCUUACCGCUUACAGUCGCUAUUAUCACAGCAAUACAGACUCUAGCCUUGGAAUACACGCACUCUUGUACUCGAGACUUUCAUUAUGAAAGAAGUUUAGAUAGAAACGCUACUUGCGCGGGUAUAACAAGGUUGGAUGGCGUGCGAGUUGGCCAUGUCCAGAGGCUAACGAUCUUUCAUCGACAUUAUAAUGUCCACACUAGAAGCUUGAAACCACUAGUUUUUCAGAUUCCGAAUUUCCUGAGUGAUGAAGAAUGCAAGAAUAUAAUGAAAGCUGCUAUGAGACAAGGAUUAACAUCGAGCAAGACGAUCUCUGAAGAGAUCUCACCGAGGGACAUGGAUUCGCGUCUUAUCGAGAUCCUCAAGAAAAGAUAUCUUCGAGUCGGUAAAAGAUUUGGGAACCGGUUUACAAGCCUGGGAGAAUUCCAAGACUUUUUGCAUCAGAAUCUCGCAUUUUACCCUUACAUGCAAGAUGCACUGGAAAUAUUUAGACAAUUUGAUGCAAACUCAGAUAAGUCUAUUAGCGAGAUGGAGCUAAUAUCCGCUCCAGAAGAGACUCUCGAGAAAUUCGUUAGUGUUUUGGAGAAGCUGAAGAGAAGACCGCGCUACCGUGCGAGGUUCAGCGAUCAAACAUGGCUACAAAUGAACAAAACUGGCUCGCUGAGCGCAGUUAGGGACAGGAUUAUCAAUCUGACCCGGCUACCGCGAUGGGUGGUGGAGACAAGCGAACCUCUACAGGUUGUCCGGUAUCCGGUCAACGGCCAUUUCCACGGUCACUAUGAUUCUACAGAGGAUGAUGUGGGGAGGGACCUUCAAUGUUGCCAUGGUUACGAGAUGGAAGGCUGUCACUUAUGCCGCUUCUUGACAAUCUUGUUCUACCUGAAUGACGUCACCCAAGGGGGCGAGACAGCGUUUCUGGUCGCGGGCUCCAAGUCAAUCUCAAAUGGUACCUCACCAGACCUCAGCGCUCACUGUAACAUGUCGCGUCUUCUCAUUGCACCGAAGCGAGGCACAGCGGUCCUGUGGUACAACCACUUUCUAGACAAAACAACUGGGUUGCUAGGUAACCUUGACAAGUUCUCGUUACAUGGAGGCUGUGACGUCAUCAAGGGGACCAAGUGGAUUGCAAACAGUUGGGUAAACAUUCCGAAAGGAGACUGGGGACGAGGGUGAACGUUAAAUACGCACUGGAAAAAGGUUGGAACCGCUCCAUGUUGUUCGGGUCGCCUAUGGUGUUCGUAGAAAACUCAAUCGAUAAGGCUAUACACCAUGCAUCAAUGGAAAGAACAAAAAUAAUAUGGGUUUGUUCGGGUAGGAUGUUAAUUUGUUGGCGACUUUUACUCAUUAUUCUAUUCAGACAGAUUUGAAAUAACCGUGUAGCUGUGGCGGCGUUUAGAGUUAUGUCUAUCAUCAUUUUGAGUCCAACUUGCGUGGGAGCAUCCAUACAAGUACACAAAUUAUUUCAUCAGAGUCUUUCGGAGGCCACGAACAAGGAUGAGAAGGUAGUCAAUUUACGUCAGUAGGAAGAAAUAUGUUUUUAUUUUCAUCGUUUUACCAGAAUUGUGUCAUUAAAGAUACAUGCGGGUCUACAAGUA